GAAGUUUGUCUUCCUCUUCCAUUGCUAGAAGAUCUCACACUUCACCAACCGACUGAGCAAAUAUGACGGAACUGUAAAAGACAGCCACAUCGGCCUCAUAUAUUCGUACUGGAUGAUGAGAGCCUCCUCAUCUCUCUCAGCAAGAUGUUGAGUCCGACAAGUCCAACCCAGAGGACCCUCAGUGAGGAGGACAGCUCUGGCUCAGAUGCAGGGUCAGAGGUCAGUCUGGAACCGGAGACAGACCGGUUUGGCUUCAUUCUGACCAAUGGAUCCACAGCUGGGAGUGUGGGUCCAUCUCCUGAACUGGUCAGACACAGGGAGACAAAGUGGCUAAGCCUUAUUGGACAAUGGGAUCGCAUUUUGUUGAAGAAGAGCAGUAAGGUCAAAGUGCAGUGUCAGAAAGGAAUCCCUGCAUCAGUCAGAGCAAAGUGCUGGCCUCUGCUUUGUGGAGCCACUGAGAAGAUGAAACAGAAUGGAAAACUCUAUGAGUCUCUGAACUUGAAGCCGGGUCUGCAGAGUUGGGUGGAUGUGAUCGAGAGAGACCUGGACAGACAGUUUCCUUUCCACGAGAUGUUUCUCUCAAAGGAUGGACACGGGCAGCGUUGUUUGUUCGAUGUGUUGAAAGCCUACACUCAGUACCAACCGGAGGAGGGUUACUGUCAGGCACAGGGGCCGGUGGCUGCAGUGCUGCUCAUGAACAUGCCUGCUGAGGAGGCCUUCUGGUGUCUGGUUCAGAUCAGUGAGCAGUACCUGCCUGGAUAUUACAGCCCUCUGCUGGAAGGGGUCCUGUUUGACGCUGCCAUGUUGACCUGGGUUUUGAAAAAGGCGUGUCCAGCUGCGCACAAACAUCUGCAGCACCACGGAGUGGAGCCCCUCAUGUUUGCUACCGACUGGCUGAUGUGUCUGUUCACGCGUCACCUGCCAUUCAACACACUUCUCCGGGUCUGGGACCUUUUCUUCUGCUAUGGGGUGCGGGUUCUGCUCCAGGUGGCAGUGGUACUGGUGCGUCGGGUUCUGGGUCGGGCCGAGCAGAGGAAGCUCUGUCAGGGGCAGAUGGAAACACUGGAGAAGCUGAGGGGUGUCAGGGAGGAGGUCCAAGAGGAAGACGACACCUUCAUAGCAGAAGUGUGUUCGGUGCCGCUGUCAUCCAAAGAUCUGGAGAAGCAGACGGAGAAGGAGUUAAAAAAGUGGAGGAAAGACAAACCAUCAUCUACAUUUGACCCCAGAGGUCGUUGCCACGGAUACCGGAUGGCGUAUGCGAGAGCUCGGGAGAACGAAGAAGAGCAGGAGAGGAAAAAGAGAGAAAAGGGAAACCUGUCUGUACCUGCUGCUCUUUCAGCCUCCACUCUGUCACUUUCUCCUUCACUCCUUCACAAGAAGUGGAGAAAAGGAGGAAAAGCCAAUGCAGACGAAUUGGAAGGUGGUAAAAGACUUGUGAGGCAUCUUUCAAUGGCAGGAAAGGAGGACUUGAAAAGUUGGAUUGAUGAAGAUUUUAAGAAGGGGCCGGUUGUCCAGGAGGAGGAGGACGUAGUUUCAGAGGGACACAAAGCACAGAGUGAGUCUAAACUAUCAGGACAAACUGAACAGAAGGAACUUCUACAGGAACCUAAAGAGAUGGACAAAACCCAAAACAUACCAACAGAGAACGCAGAAGAGGAAACUGUAAUAGUAAAAGAAGAGAUUGAGAAAGUGGAAACAAGGGCCACUGAAAAGGAAGUCAGCGAAAUUAAAGAGACAGAGGAACAGACAGAAGAAACAAAUCCAUGUCCAGUCAAAGAUCAGACUGUUGAAAAUAUUCUCCUGCCCCCAGAACAAACAUCUCACUGUGACGAGGAGGAAAAGCUAGUUUCAGAGGGACGCAAAGCACAGAGUGAGUCCAAACCACCAGGACAAACUGAACAGGAGGAACUUCUACAGGAACCUGAAAAGAUGGACAAAACCCAAAACAUACCAACAGAGAACGCAGAAGAGGAAACUGUAAUAGUAAAAGAAGAGACUGAAAAAGUGGAAACAAGGACCACUGAAAAGGAAGUCAGCGAAAUUAAAGAGACAGAGGAAAGCGAAAUGCUUUCAGACCAGACAGAAGAAACAAAUCCAUGUCCAGCCAAAGAUCAGACUGUUGAAAAUAUUCUCCAGCCCCCAGAACAAACACCUCACCGUGAACAGGAGGAAAAAGUGGACACUGUGAACACGUUGCAAGUCCUGGAAGAGCAAAGUCACAAAAGUACAAACCAGGAAAUUGAGAUUAAAGACACAAAUGAAGCCGCAGAAAAACACGUGGCAGAAAAUAACCAUACAGCUGCUGUGGAGGUCAACCACACUGAGGUACUAAGAGAUGCUGAAGCGGAUGCAAACAUUGAGGCAGAGAUGCAAGUAAGUGUCGAUUCAAAUGAAAAGCAGAUGACCCAGGUUGAUGUGAACCUAAAUGAGAGCACAGAAAUUGAAAAUAUGCAACAAACGCAGGUGGACACAGUUACAGACGUCUCAGAGACAAGGACUGAGACAAGUCUGGACUCAGAGACACACACAGAUGUCGAAGCUGCUGAACUCCAAGAUCCUCAAACAGACACAGAAACACAACAGGAGCAAGAAGAAGUGAUCACACAGACAGAAGAAAUCACAUUUGAAGAAAAAUACCACAGCACUGAGUCAUUAGUAGAAUCACAAAAGACAGAGGAGUUCCACACUCAAACGACAGAAAUUGACGUACUGGCACACACUCAAGAAAAAGCAGAGGAAAAUGCAGCCGCACAGGACGAACUGAAGGCUGAAAUAACACAAAGGGAAUCAGACCAGCACAUAGAUGCAGACAGAGAGGCUAACGCAGAAGAAGACACAUUGAUACUGGACUCACCUGAAUGCAUCCAAGGAAAAGAAGGUUCACCUGAUGAAACAGAGACUGAAGCUGAAGUUGCAAAAGACCCAUCAGAGGAGUCAAAUGAAGCAAUAGCAUCUGAGCCUACGCAGGAAAAACAAGAAGUAGUUUUGACUGUACACUCUGACCCACAUGCUGACAGUGAUGCAUGUAUCUGUGAUCAAACAAAUACAGAGGAAACGCCCACUCAGACGAAUGACGAGACUGAAGACUCUGUAAUAUCUGCAGAAAAGGAAGAGACUGAAGCAUUGAAUCCAAACUCUGAGUCUGACGGUAAGAGUUCAUUGCAAGUAUGUAAUAUGCAAGCACCCCAACAACCAACAAACCAGGUUCCCGUGGAGGAAGAGAAAGGCACAGAAAAUUUCCCAGAAAACACAGCAGGAGAGGACGAAGUCUUCCUUUCCACUGAGUCAACAGAUGAAUCAGUCACUCACAACAACACACAAGUCCAAGACAAAGAUUGUCACUCUGUGAAAGAGCAGUCUGAGCCUCUGGUACAAACCUCUGGGCGUCGCAGCAGCCGGUCUUCUGGUGACUUGUGUGUCCGCAAGUCAUCCAGCUCACGUGGCUCCAGGUUGGCGCGUAGACUCUCUGAAGAUCUCUUCACCAGCCCACAGAAAAGUAGCCAAUCACAAGUCGUCCCUAAUCAUCCAGAAGAGUCGAAAUCAAAUCCUGGAGCUAUGAACCCAAAACAAAGUGCUCCUGAUGUGACACUUCCUGCAGAGGUGACAGAGCAGCAGCAUGCGGAGCCCCCGAAACGUUUUGGUCUUUUCCGCAGACUGAGAGGGGAGCAGCACAAAAACAGCACAGCAAAGGGGAAGCCCAAAAUGCAAGUGCCGAAAAUCUUGAUUCAAGACUUCAGUGAUGGCACGGGGACCGGGAAAACUGUUGAGGAGCCGGCGGAGGAGAAACUGAGCUCCAGGGAGAGGAGGAGGAGGCGGAGGCAGCAAGAAAGAAAGGAGAAAGAGGAGGAGAGGUUGAAAAAGAAGAGAGAGAAGGAGCUGGGGAAGGAGAAGGAGCGAGAGAGGAGGAAACCGCAGACAAGGGGGAAAAGUUUUCAAGUGCAGAAAGAGAAAAGUAGCGAAGAUGUUGCUCGUCCUGGAAAGACUGGCUCACAGACUCUUAGAUAUUCUGAUUCUUAUGCUGAAGCUUACUUUUGACACUUGAACUCUUUUUUACAAGAUUUCAGAUCAUGUGUCAUUGUCCUGGCAACGUUUCAAAUUGAUGCUCAGGGAUCCAUCAUCCUAAAUCUUUGUCAUACUUGAACCUUUUGACAUGUAAAUAAAAAAGAAAUGAUUUUUA